AUGCAGCAGAGCCCACACCAGUCCCCUAUUCUGCCUUCCCCUCCUUUGGCCAAACCUGAUCAUGAUUCUCCUGUGAAUCAGCUGGGAAGCGUGCAGAAUAUGAGCUUGAUGCCCUCAAUCAUAAUAACUGGAAUUUUCCUUAGUAAUAGUGAAAGACAGCCUUCUUCAUUCUUUAGGGAUGAGUUUGCUUUAGGUAAAAUCUUCCUAGAAUAUAGAAUAAAUUUCUUCUGGAAAUUUCAAACUACUUGGAGUGUAUCUCUUUUACAAACUUUGCUAAUUUCUACUUGGAAGGCAGAAUUCCUAUUAGAUUGA